AUGUCAAAUAAUUCAUUAACUACAACAACUCGAUUGAGGAUAAAGGAACCUGUGUAUACGUCUGAUAAACGUGCAAAAUUCACGCAAAGAGAAAGUAAAAAAUGGAUACGAUUCUGUACAGUGAUAGGAUAUAUAUUUUUCGUAUCAUUACCAGCGACAUCAUUGAGUAUUUACUAUGUAUGGGUAUGGGAUCCUGAUUAUAUCAGCAGGUUUCCACCUGAUAAAAAUAGAACACUGAAAGUUGACUAUGCUGUCAAACCAAUGUCAUCAUCAGUAAGACAAGGUAGUCGAUCAAGGUACAAAUUGGAUCUACUUCGAGAAAGCAACACUAGCAGCAGAAUUAGCAAAAAUCUGAUUAGAGCUUCCGUGUAUCCUUCAUUUACCAAAACAACUGAAAGGUAUUUGGAACAGAGAUCACAUAAAAUGGAAUCAUCAAAUACCGCAGAUCAACGAUUGAAAAUGAAACCAAACUGA